AUGCAGGUUUCCGGAGUCGGCUUUGGAUACCUGGUCAUCGGAUAUCAAUCACCGGACUUUCUACUGCAAUUUAUAAAGCUUACCUAUAGCUAUUUCUUAACAAUGGUAGCGUCUUCACUGGUGCCGGUCAUCGUUUGUAUGGUGCCGGAAUGGCGCGAGGGUUUGAGUCAGGUGUGGCGCGUCAGACUGGGCUGGUCGAAAACGUCGACCAUUAACGACUCAACGAUACCGAUGCGCAGCUCUGAGUUCCAUCAAGCGGAUACGCAAGCAUACUUUGCGUAUUAUCGUUCCGAAUGG